CCUAAUCAUUUUGAGUUCAGACAGUUCCAAGAGAGCCUAACUGAAUCCAAACGAAUUUCCCUCUGCAUUUUGCAUGAUUUCUCUUCCUACUACGAAGCUGAAAUUCAAACCCCUUACGGCUUUCGCACUCACUUUCGCUAGGGUUUAUCGCAUGGCCGCUGCACCUCCAUCCUCCCCUCCGUCAAAUGCCGCCGCCACUAUUCCUCCUCUACCUCCUUCUUCGGCGGUUCGCGACGGACCUCCUUCCGCUUCUUCUGCAAUCGAUUUCCUCUCCAUAUGUCACCGCCUCAAGACAACAAAAAGGACGGGAUGGGUUCGAAGAAAUGUUGAGAAUCCAGAAUCUAUUGCUGAUCAUAUGCAUCGAAUGGGUUUGAUGGCUCUCAUUGCAUCAGAUGCCCCCGGUGUAGACAGAAACAAGUGCGUGAAAAUGGCCAUUGUUCAUGACAUUGCAGAAGCUAUUGUUGGGGAUAUAUGCCCUGAGGAUGGAAUUUCAAAGGAAGAAAAGAGUCGGCGGGAACAAGAUGCACUGGACUGUAUGUGUAAUGUUCUUGGAGGAGGAUCUAGAGCAAAGGAAGUAGCUGAUUUGUGGAUGGAGUAUGAAGCAAAUUCUUCUCCAGAAGCAAAAUUUGUUAAGGACCUUGACAAGGUGGAGAUGAUACUUCAAGCUUUGGAAUAUGAAAAUGAGCAGGGGAAGGAUUUGGAUGAAUUUUUCCAGUCAACUGCUGGGAAGUUCCAAACUGAAACAGGCAAAGCUUGGGCGUCCGAGAUCGUGUCAAGAAGAAGGAAGAAUAACUAAAUGCUCGGAUCAAUCUGAUUGAGUGUGUAGUAAUAGCAGCAUCGCUUUUACCAAGAAAAAGAAAAGGAAGCAAUGGUAGCUGUGCAAUGAGACCAGCGUAUGCUAUUUCCCAUCCAUGUCCCGGAUAGCGGGCAAGCUAAGCCAUUAUCCUGCCCAUGGCGCACAGUACUCAUAACCUACCAAACGCUGUAUGUGAACUUGUGAAGCCCCCAAUGUUUAGAGUUAUCAACUUUAUUGAAACAGAGAAAUUAUCAUUACACA